CAAAACCUCUAAUAAAUCCCAUGCAUAAUUAAAUCAUUUGAGCGGUAUGUAUCGAUUCUAGUAAUCUUAUUUAUGGCAAUCGUCCCCACCAGUGUUCACUCGACACUCUCGCUCGUGCGCUUCUUACUGUCUCACCUCAAUUUCCCCACGGACUGUCCACAGCAGCUUGGCUUUUUCCAUUUAAAAAAACUCCUAUUCCCUGGCUGUUCUUCGGUCGAUCCAUCUCCUGUUUCUCAUUAACCCAUGUCGGCCUUUCUCUGACUGUCUGCACAGAUUUGAGAGUUGACCAGGUCAAUCGAUACCUUUAUCGAUCAAGUACCAGACUUUGAGCCUAUUAGUUUCGUCGACUGGCCCGGUGCCAGCAUGUCACACCCAUCAGAGAAUCUUCAAGUUCCGGUACAUCAGCAUGAGAAGAGAUUAGAGGGCGACACCCCCGAUACCGACGAGGGAACCUACUACGAUGGCUCCACCAGCGGGCACGGCAAUCACCUUCGGGUAGAUACCUCGUAUGACUAUGAUCCCGCUGCCUUGCGCUCACCUGCGACUGCACGAGAGGAGUCGAUGCGCCUGGAAGAUGAUCUGGCCGUUCUUGAGGCCGAGCGCAUGGCAUCCCGUUCCACCACGCAGGAGGGGUCGAUGAGAAAGGGCGAAGACGACGGUGCCUCGAUGGCCAGAUCUCGCUCUCGUCCAUCUCAGCAUGUUGUUGAUGAGUUUGAUGAGGCGACCAACCCAUUGCACGAGAAAGCGGCAGUCUACAACCCUCCCGAGAACCCCAACACCAACAUCGCCAGAUUCAUUAAGAAGCUCCAUGAGUCGAGUUUCAUUGUGCGCUACCUCACCUACAUUGUGCCACUAGUUCUGAUCCUGUUGAUUCCUUUGUUGGUCGGUGCCCUAGCGUUUCCGGACGCCAAUGUGGGAGGAGUUAAGUUGCUCUGGUUUUCGGUCUGGUUGGAGAUUGUCUGGUUGACUUUGUGGGCCGGAAGAAUUGUCUCGAAAUGUAUCCCAGUUCCAGCUGGCUGGAUUGCUAGUAUUUUCACCAACAACGCCAAAAAGUGGCGUGACAUGGCCAAACAGCUCGAGCUCCAUGGCACCUUGUUCUUUUGGUGGCUAGGUGUGGAAAUCUCGUUCCUGCCCACCAUGAAGAACCAUCACGUCGACGGUAGCCACGGCACAAAAUCCUGGGAGAAUACAGUCAACAAGAUCAUCAUCUCUAUCUUUGUAUGGACAAUCCUGAACCUGGUCGAAAAAGUCAUCAUCCAAUUCAUCGCCAUCAGCUUCCACACCCGUACUUACGCGGAUCGCAUUGAGAUCAACAAAUUUCAGAUCGGCAGUCUGACUAAACUAUAUGACUUCUCUCGGCGAAAGAUCACAGCUGAAGACACGGAGUUCGAGGAAAAAGACAAAGGUACCCCAACCGGAAUGAAGACCCCGCUGCAUUAUGCCGGAAAGGCAGGACGUCUGGCCAAGGGGGCCUUGAACAAAGUGGGCAACAAGGUGGGCGACGUGGCUGGCGCAGUUGCUGCCGACUUCACUGGCCGCACGGUUAAUAACAGCAGUCACCCGUAUCAGGUGGUGCUGACCUUGUUGCGCACCACGAGUGGCUGCCAGGUCCUGGCUCGUCGACUCUAUCGCACUCUGGUGCGGGAUGGUUUCGAGACCGUGUUUUCUGGAGAUCUCAAGGAAGCCUUCGAUAAUAACGAAGAGGCGGACGCCGCUUUCACCAUGUUUGACAAGGAUAUGAACGGAGAUAUCUCGAUGGAGGAGUUGGAAGCAGUGUGCGUGGAGAUCGGACGGGAGCGCAAAGCCAUCACCGCAUCACUGAAGGACCUGGACUCUGUCGUCGGCAGGCUCGACAACAUUUUGGAAUUUUUCGUGAUCAUCAUUACCGUGAUCGUCUUCCUGACGCUCAUCUCGACGUCCGCCGCCGGAGUGUUGACCUCUGCCGGGUCUAGUAUUCUCGCAUUGUCGUGGCUUUUCUCCGCCACCGCGCAGGAAUUUCUCCAAUCCAUUAUCUUCGUCUUCGUGAAGCAUCCAUUCGAUGUUGGUGACCGUGUGACUAUCUAUGGUAACGCAGGCGAUGCCGGUUUGGGUGAUGACUACUUUGUCAAGCAAAUUUCGCUUCUGUACACGGAGUUCAAGAAGAUGCAAGGCCAUGUUGUGCAGGCUCCUAACAGCUACCUCAACGGUUUGUUCAUUCUGAACCAGCGUCGGUCCGGUGCACUGGCGGAAGCAGUGCCCAUCGUCAUCAAAUAUGGUACCACUCUCGAGCAGAUUGAUGCCCUACGUCAGCGCCUGUUGGAGUUUGUCCGCAGUGAACGCCGUGAAUUUCAGACCAACAUUCUCACCGAAAUGCGCACAAUCACGGAGAACUUCUCUGUAACGCUCAAUGUUGUCUUCUUCUACAAGUCGAACUGGCAGAACGAAGGCUUGCGUCUGCAGCGCCGCAACAAGUUUAUCUGUAUGUUGAUGGUUGCCCUCCAGGAGAUCGGCAUCGAGGGACCACGCAUGAACCUCCAGGGUGCCGGUGUCGAUAUUCCUUUCCACAUUGCCGGGUUCCCGCAGCCUCACAUGCCCGCUACUCCUGGCAGCAGAGAUGGCAAUCCUCCCCCGACUCCUAUUGGCGACCAUCACGGCUAUGCGCCCGAGAAUACCGGGCUCAGCAGCGCUACCCGUCACCCAUCCAUCCUCCGCAAAGGCAUGAACACUGCUGCCGCCCGGGCUCGUGGUGAUUCUAUGCUCUCCCGCAAACACGUGGAUUUUUCGCUGGGCAUGCGGGAUAUCUCCUCUGGCGAUGUCAUGGGCGACGUCUUCGAGGAUCGCCGCGCCCGAGUUGAGGACAUUGUCCGAACCACUAACCGGGAGAAUACCGAGCGCCGCAUUCAAGAAGAGGAGGAAGAAGAGGCCGAGCGUCAAAGCCGUAACUCAUCCUCCCGCCGUCGCAGCAACUCCAAUCUGAGCGUCCCGUCCACUUCGCGCGCAGGUCGCCGAUCGGUUGACUCCCAGGGCGGGCACAGUGUGACCUCUAUCACCCACAAUCGUUUCUUCCGGCAUCAUCGCAGCAGCAUCAGCCGCGCGCCCGACGAUUUGAUGGAGCAGGGCCGCUCCGAUCAAGGCGCCAGCACGGAUGCCCCUGGCUCCGAUCUCCAUCCGAGCGUAUCUCAUCCUGCGGAGAAGCAAUAAUUGCAUCUGGAGGAUCUCGUGAUAUUGAAAAGUACAUCAUAGAUAAUAAAAUUGUAGAUAAAGCAUUUCUUUCUGAUUGAAUAGUUUGCAAGAUCAGUC